CCUCCUCCCCCGCCCUCUCCGCUGAGGAUGGAAGUGACGAAAGCAGCCGAGGAGGUCACUUCCUGCUGGGGUGGAUGAGGAGGAGCCGGAGACGCCGCGGAGGAGACCGGACCGAAGACGGACCGUGCGGGGGAGAGCAGGAGGGUGAAAAUGAAAGCAGGCUGUAGCAUCGUGGAAAAGCCAGAAGGAGGUGGAGGGUAUCAGUUUCCUGAUUGGGCCUAUAAAACAGAGUCGUCCCCGGGUUCCCGGCAGAUCCAGCUGUGGCACUUCAUCCUGGAGCUGCUGCAGAAGGAGGAGUUCCGCCAUGUCAUCGCCUGGCAGCAGGGAGAGUACGGGGAGUUUGUCAUCAAGGAUCCAGACGAGGUGGCCCGCCUCUGGGGCCGCAGGAAGUGCAAACCACAGAUGAAUUAUGACAAGCUGAGCCGGGCCCUCAGAUACUAUUACAACAAGAGGAUCCUUCAUAAAACAAAAGGGAAAAGGUUUACUUAUAAAUUUAACUUCAACAAGCUGGUGAUGCCCAACUACCCAUUCAUCAACAUACGGUCAAGUGGUGUGGUUCCCCAGAGUGCGCCACCAGUGCCAGCAGCCUCUUCCCGCUUCCACUUCCCACCUCUGGACACCCAUUCUCCAACUAGCGAUGUGCAGCCAGGGCGGUUCUCUGCUAGCUCCCUAACUGCUUCUGGCCAGGAGUCAAGCACUGGCACUGAUAGAAAGGUGGAGCUUUCGGAGCUGGAGGAUGGCUCAGCCGCUGACUGGCGCCGGGGUGUGGAUCUCAUGUCCUCCCGGAAUGCUGUCGGCGGAGGGAUUGGCCAUCAGAAGCGCAAGCCUGACAUCAUGCUUCCCCUGUUCUCUAGGCCAGGGAUGUACCCUGACCCCCAUAGUCCCUUCGCCAUCUCUCCCAUCCCCGGCCGUGGAGGCGUCCUGAAUGUCCCCAUUUCACCAGCCCUCUCCCUGACUCCCACCAUCUUCUCCUAUAGCCCGUCGCCAGGCCUGAGCCCCUUCACCAGCAGCAGUUGCUUCUCCUUCAACCCUGAGGAAAUGAAACACUACCUUCAUUCUCAAGCCUGUUCUGUGUUCAACUACCAUCUGAGUCCGCGGACAUUUCCUCGUUACCCGGGGCUCAUGGUUCCACCGCUGCAGUGCCAGAUGCAUCCUGAGGAGUCAACCCAGUUUUCCAUCAAGCUGCAGCCCCCACCUGUCGGGCGGAAGAACCGGGAGAGGGUGGAGAGCAGCGAGGAGGCAGCGCCUGUCACUGUUCCCACGCUGGCUCCUGUUCCCCCGAGAAUUAAGGUGGAACCAGCCUCUGAGAAGGAUCCUGAGAGUCUCAGGCAGUCGGCACGAGAAAAGGAGGAGCGCUCUCAAGAAGAGGGCAGUGUGCCAAGCAGGACCACAGAAGAGGAAAAAGGCACCAUCUUUGCCCGCCCGGCUGCACCGCCUGUCUGGCCCUCUGUACCCAUUAGCACCCCAAGUGAAGAACCCCUAGAGGUGACUGAAGACGGUGAGGACAGGCCUGGCAAAGAGCCCAGUGCACCUGAGAAGAAAGAAGAUGCCCUGAUGCCCCCCAAGCUUCGGUUGAAGCGGCGCUGGAAUGAUGACCCUGAAGCCCGGGAGCUGAGUAAGAAUGGCAAGUUCCUCUGGAAUGGGUCAGGACCCCGGGGCUUGGCAACAGCUGCUGCUGACGCUUAGAACUGGAAGUUGAUUGGGAGCUGUUUAUACUAUAAUCAAACACAUACAUGUAUUUAUGUAGCAAGAUUUCAGGGUGGGGGGCGGGGAGGGAAUUAGGCUGGUUUGAUCCUUCUAGGGGCAUAGACUUGUAUUUUUAUGUUUGGGGGAUAGGAUGGGGUAUCUUCUGUUGUAAAUUAGAUGGGAUGUGAACACACUUUUUUUCCUGGUGAGUAGGACAUGGGAAGGGUAUUGAACUGAAAGAAGAAAGAGCCUCUGUUUCCUGUUGAGGCUUACGCUUUCUGACAAACUCCCAGAGGGCCAAGAUACUAUUUGGCCCCAUGAUAGUUCGGGUUCCAGACUUGUUUCUUUUCUAUUGUAUUUAUGUAUGGAAAGCCAUUAAUGAAUUUAUUUUGCUCUGAGACAUACACAUAAAAGGGAAAGGGGUGUGGUUGGGAGGUUGAGCAGUGAGAGACCAUUAAUACUUAAGUAUUUUGCCUGAAAUGUUUCUUUAUAAUUAUUUCAGGGGAGGAAUAAGAUAAUCUCAGUCUUACGGGGGCAGGAGGAUGUUCAGGUGUUGCUCUUUUUCUUUUUCCCUUUGUUGUUGUUGUUGUUUGGCUUCUUUUUUUUCCUUUUUAUAAAAUGUUUUCAGGAAACAUGAAAUGUACUGCCAGUUAGAGCGGGGCUGGCAAGGCACAGGCGCUGAGCCUUCAGCUACGUUGUUGAGACAGGAAGCCCUGCUGUGAAUUUCUUGGACAUUUCACCUACUUCACCUAUUAAGAAGCCAUGAGGAGUUAUAAACUCUUGUUCAGGGAAGAAAGAAGAGGGCAGGAGGAAGUAACCCAAUGCCUUUAAAAACAAAAACACAAAAAUGCUCUUUUUUUUUUUUUUUCUAUCGUGGGUUUGGGGAGCCAAACCAACGUGUGACUGAGCGAGUUGACUGAGAGACGUGACAGAGUUGAAGAUGUCUUUCUGCGGUGUCUGGUUCUCUUAUCGUUUUCUUAAGUCAAAGCCUUAACAAUGAACAUACUUCAACAUGAUACGGGUCUGUCAACGUAAACCUGUAAAAGGGCAUAGACAACUUUUCAGAUAAUCCAGGAGUGUUGGAAGAUGGUUAAAUUUUAAGCUGGUAUUUAAUCAUCCCCACUUGAUGUAUUGGGAUAGGUAGCAAAAAGGCAGGAUUGUGGGAGUUAAGGGCAGAUGAUACCUGGAAACACAGAAGGUAGCUGGGGGUACAAGUGGAUGUUUAGGAAGCUGAAAGAAGCGUUAGACAGACACAGAAGGCAGACAGAUGCCAAGAGGCCUGGUAUAAGUGAAACAGUGGGUGUCUGUCCUGUUGUGGUGUUGCCGUUCUUGCCAUACCCAUUCCCCUAGAUUGUACUAAUUCUCAUGAUCAAUUGACUCUCCUACAUGAGACCCCAGGAAUUGUUUCUUCAUGGGAAAUUCCCUUCCAGCAACUUCAAAGGAAUGGGAAAGUAUUGAUCUUACAUGAAGCAAAAGGAGCCUGGAUUAGGGGCAGAGAGAAAGAAGCCACAGCCAACUGUGUGUGUGUGUGUGUGUGUGUGUGUGUGCGCACAUGUAAGUACAUAGUAGUAUACAGAAAUACCUAACAUGGCUCAGAUCCACGAGCAGCGGAAAGAAGAAAUAACUGCAUCUCUGAUAGGGGCAAGGAGUGGGCACAGGGAUGUUGUCUAGAAAUUGGAGAGAUUCCUGGCUCCAUCUCAGCCUAGGUGAACUCAGUGUACUAAGAAGCACUUGAGGGUUGUCUUUUCAUGGUGGGGGGGGUGUCUAUUUUAAACUGGAGUGCGUGCGUGAGAGAGGGGCCCAGGAGAGGUUGGAGCCGGUGAGUGAGUUGUUAGGUGGCUUAAGAGGACUUGAGUCCAUCAUGCUGUUUUUCGGCAAUUGUCCUCCCCCUUGUUUGAUUCAAAUUCCGUGAGUGACUUGUCUUUUCCUGGGAAAAGGAUUAGGAGAAUGGUCUCUCACAACUCAGGCUUUGGUCAGGCUGCCUUUGGUUGGUUGUGUUUUUGUCGGUUUCUUUCUCUGUACCUCGACUUACCUCGAAUCAGAAAGCAAGCCCAGGCAGGUGGAAGAGGCAUCUCUGCUUGGCAUUGCCCAAUCUAACCAGGGAGGCUGGCUGCCCACCGUCUCUGUCCACUAGAGGGGAGGGCCGGCAGGUGUCAGCAUGAACUCAGGAAUAGAAACAUGAGGCCUUUAAAAUAAGAGGGAGAGAAAUCCGUGAUGCAUACCUGUAACCCCCUAGAACCCAAGUGCCAGAAUUAAUUCCUAGAUGCUGCUUCUGUUUGAAUAAAAAGUCACAGCUUUUACACUUGAAAAAAACACACUCAAAAAAUGUUCAACUCCAUGAAAACUGUUUUUGGCUUUAAGAAAUUGUUUGGUGUUUAACUGUUUCCUUUGAUUGCCAUUCCACCAGUAAAUUGUUGGUUGAUUUGCACUGCACACUGGGGUUGGGGGGAGGGUCCUACACAGAGCCAGACUUGGGCUUGCCCGGGAAGUGGACCAGGGGAUGUGGAGGUCACUGAUAUUUCCUGGAGCAAAGGGGUGGGAGAUAGUUUUUCUUCCCCGAGCCCACUCUGGGCAGCACCUGUCACCAGCCUGGCACAAAGCCAGGCCUUUCUCUUCCGCGAGCAUCUCAUCACUGUCCAACAGCAGGUGGAAAGGGGGGGACAACACCAGACGUAUUCUGCCUCCCCAUUUUUUCCACCUUUUGCUGUGCCAAAUGUUUUAACAUUUUGCAAAUACAGAUCUUGAACAUGUAUUAAGAACCUGUUCAUGCUAACUGUUUGCUUUUUUGACUCUAGAGAAGAAAAUAGCAGACAUCUCUUCAGGGCAUCCAGCCUUGCUGAGCUUUUUUUCUUUUUUUUUUUAAGAACGGCUAGGAGUGAAAUAUAAACAAUUCACUAAGUCCCUUCAACCCCCAGUUUUCAAGCUGCACUGCAUUAAACCCAGCUCGCUAACUAACACAGGGAAUUACUGCACCCUAGUCCUCAAUGGGCCAAGAAACUUUCAGAAGCAUUAAAAAAAAAAAAAAAAAAAAUAGUUGAAGUAUACCACUUCUCACCAAGCAGGUAGAGUCAGUUGGCUGUUUGUCCCUUGUUUUUUAUUUAUUCCAUAAUUAUGUUUGUGUUUUUUGUUUUGUAGACAGUAAUGGAACAUACUUUUAAAUUUUGUUUAAAAGAAAAAGAACUUUGAUCCAAUCUUUCAAGAACUGUUCCAUUUUUUUGUUUCUUCUUGGGGGAAAAAAAGUUACCAGUUAAUUUGUUUUGAAAUAUUUAGGCAUUCUUUGAGUUAUAAAAUUGUGAUGCAGGGAUUUUUGGGAAUUCACAUGUGAAAGAUGACUUCACUAGUUAUCCGCUUAAGCAGAAUAAAGUGUGUAUAUGUACAUAAAAUGUAAGUAAUCUUAACUCCAUUGUGCAGUGCCUUUUAGAUGUUCCGCUUUCUAUAAAGUCUUCAAAUUUUUGCAUAUAUAUAUUAUAUAUAUAUGAUGUAAUGUUAUAGAAAUAUAUGUAUAAUAUACAUAUUUUUUCCAGGGGUAUCUGAUAGCUCUGUAUUUUGUUAUGGAAGUUGAAAGAAAAAAAAGUAUUUUACCUCAGAAAUUAAAGUUAAAUAAAAUUUUAAAAAAA